AUGGCCAUGUUGAUGGAGCACCAGUUCAGGCAGCUGCCCGCUGACAGACAGGUGGAAACAAGACCCUUUUUGGAGACUGUGUCAUAUCUUCCACCAUUCUUUGAUUGUCUCGGCUCUACCAUUUUUGCACCAGUCAAGGCAGACAUAUCUGGUAACAUCAUGAAAAUUAAGCAAGUUUAUGAUUCCAAUCCUGGACGAUAUAAAACACUUCAGAUGAUUUUGGAGGCAGAGAAGGAAAUGCAUGGAGGGGAAUGGCCCAAAGUUGGAGCAACAUUGGCACUUAUGUGGCUCAAAAGGGGUCUUAGAUUUAUCCAGGUCUUUCUUCAGAGCCUGGUGGAUGGUGAAAAGGACGACAACAACCCUAACCUCAUUCGAGUCAACAUCACCAAAGCCUACGAUGUAGCCCUUAAAAGGUAUCAUGGCUGGUUUGUUCAGCAGCUCUUUAAGGCAGCUCUUUUUGCUGCUCCCUAUAAGUCUGAUUUCCUGAAGGCCCUCUCAAAGGGUCGGGACGUCAAGGAGGAAGAAUGCGUGGAAAAAAUCAGAAAAUUCCUUCUGAACUUCACUGCCACCAUCGAUGCUAUUUAUGAUACAUUUAAUAGAAUGAAUGCUGAUCUCGACUACAAGGUGUGA